AUGCAUGUCAGAAUUGCGUACUACAACAUCGACGCCAAGUUUGACCGCUUCAUCCGUAGGAUAGACCUGGCACAGACUUUACUGUUUUCAAUGAGGUUGUUGUGGGACUUCAUCGAGAGCGACUUCUUCACGUUUGCGAUUCCCAAUACCGUCUUCGGCUUCUUCGGGGCUCUCGCUUCACCGGUGCUGGUCCAACGCCCUCCCUUCUCUGGUCCACAUUCACCGUGGCAACUCUCGUGUCGUCUUCCCAGCAUUCUGGCCUUUAACGUCGCGAAUCUCUUGAUUUUUGACCUUGCCAACCAGCGAGCCCCUAGUGCCGUAGCUGAAGACCGCAUCAACAAGCCGUGGCGUCCCAUUCCCCGGGGAAAGAUCACCACAGACCAGACUCGUCGCUUGAUGUUGGCCGCCGUGCCGCAGGGAAUAUUGAUCCAUAUUCUCACAUGGAUGUACAACGAUCUGGGUGGCGGUGAUGAGGCCUUUGUGCGCGGAAUGAUCAUCUCGGUGGCAUACGGCAUGUUCAACAGCGGGUCCCUCCAGGUGGCGGUCGGCCCAGAGCAAUUCCUCAGCACACUCGGCAUUACCUGGACCACACUCAUCAGUGGUGUCAUCCUGACGACGAUGCAGGUACAGGACCUAAAAGACCGUGAAGGUGAUCGGACGCGUGGCCGCAAGACGAUCGUGCUCUUCCUUGGCGAGCACUUCUCUAGGACAUCUAUCGCCUUCUUUGUGUGCUUCUGGUCGUGCAUGAGCAUCUUCUUCUGGCGGUUGGGGCCUGUACUUAGUCUCUUGUACGUCUUGCUGGCUGCGGUUGUAAUGUUGCGGGUCCUGUUUAUCUACUCUUCGAAACAAGGUGAUGCUCGUACUUGGAGAUGGUGGUGUCUUUGGCACGCUUCUCUGUAUACUUUGCCGCUUUUGAAACUAGUUUCUUGA